AGUCCGUUUGUUCCGCGUACCUUUAUUUUGAAAACAAAGUCUAGUAUUACAGAGGAAGUAAACUGUCAGGUUGUUGCGUAAUUCACAGCUUCACGUGAGCGCCCAUUAAAACCAAACAGUGCGCCCUCCUUUACCACUAAAUGUUGCAGUGAGACCUUAUAUUAAGAAACAAUGUCAACAGCGAUGAACUUCGGAACCAAGACGUUCCGACCCCGUCCACCGGACAAAGGAGCAUUUCCUUUGGAUCAUUUCGAUUUUGGACCCAGGGACUUUUUUUGUAGGUAUUGGGCUGUUACACAUAUACUUCUGCACUUCUGACAGUGUGCAGAGUUCUCUGAGUUUUCAGGCAUGUUUAGGCCCUCAAAAAAUUGAUUCAAUUCAGAAAAGAAGAAUCAGGGUUUCCGUGGGGUCUUAAAGAGUCUAAAAUUCUGAACUUUAAAUUUAAGGCCUUAAAACGUCUUAAAAAUGGCCAAUUUUUCUUCCGAGGACUUAAAUUUCAUUUAGUCAGGUCUAAAAAAAGGUUUUACCCUCAACGCUGCCCUCAGAACAUUGGUUUGGUGUUUUGUAGUUCUUUGGUACGUACGCGGUGAUAAAACUACAAAUCCCGUGAUAAAUGCAAUACCUGCCCGUGAAAUAAGUCUGUCUCCUCAGAAUAUGUUAGUUAGACUACAUGUGGAAAAUGGGAAAGUGCACUUUCAAUGAGACAUGGCUAGAUCACAGCGAUUUCCGCUGUUGGUUACAAGCGGUACCCAGCCCCAGAUACGAGGCUCGCUGCAAACUUUGCAAAAAAAAAAAAUUCAAUCAGGGACUACGUCACACGCCAGAGCAGAGAAACACAAACUAGCUGCCUUCAGCGGACUCGGCCAAUUAGCCAGUUCUGUGCCUCACCCCUGACGUCGUCCACCUCAAUGCCUGGUCCCUCCGCUCUCCAGCGCAAUAAAACUGCAGCUCCAUCGAACGGCCUUCGGUGUACUUUUGGGUCGACUGACACGUCGAAAGCCGAGGUGAUUUGGAUACUACACACGGUGACUAAACACCACUCAUUUAAUAGCACAGAGAUUAGCGAUCUCUUCUAAGUGAUGUUCCCUGAUCCAGUAAUCAUGAAGACGUUCUCUUGCGGGCCCAACAAGAUCUCUUAUUUGGCGAGAUUUGGAUUGGGGGAGUUUAUAAAAAGGGAAUUGAUUCGUACUGUUACCGGGCCGUAUGUCAUAAUGUUCGACGAAAGCCUAAAUCAGACCACCAAGACCAAGCAGCUUGACGUCCACGUUCAUUUCUGGAACGAUUGCAAUUAAGUCGAGGUACCUGGGCUCACAGUUCGUGGGACAUGGGACAGCGCUGGACCUACUGAAACAUGUCAAUGUAAGUAAAAGUUGAAUGGGCUAUUUUUUACUUAUCAAUUUUGAGACUAAGGAAAUAAUACAUGAAGAAAGUGGUGUCUGUCUACACAUUUAAAACUAUAGCAUACAUAAAACUAACCCAACAUUGUAUAUGGUUUAAUUCAUCAGUUUAGAUUAGAUUAGCCUUUAUUGUCUCAAACAAAAAGACACAACUAGAGAGAUACAUGAAGAAAGGCUUGUAGUCAAACAUGUAGAAAGUUAAAUGUACAAUGACUGUGUGUGUGUCAUUCCUUUAAUGACGUAUAUCUGUCUUUUAAUUUCUUCUUAAUUUUCAAUACUUAAGGAGUCUUUGGAUCAAUUGCUCAACAGCAGGCUGAUGUCAGUCUCCAUGGAUGGGCCUAAUGUGAACUUCAAGUUUUUAGAGCUUCUCCAGCUGGACCAUGCUGAGAACUACAGGGGUGCACAGCUGGUGUCCAUAGGCAGCUGUGGGCUCCACAUACUGCAUAAUGCUUUCAAGGCUGGCUUUUCGAUGUGGCAUGUGGACAAGAUAUUAAAGGCAAUGCACACAUUAUUCCACCAUGUUCCAGCGAGGAGGGAGGACUAUGUAAGAAUCACCAAAUCCACAGUGUUCCCUCAGCCAUUCUGCGGCCAGCGGUGGCUGGAAAAUCUUCCGGUUAUUGAGAGGGCUCUGGCGGUCUGGCCAUCUCUCAAGCUAUACCUGGACGCUUUGCACAGAAAAGAGCUGCCAAACCCCAAGAAGGCAUCAUUUGACACCAUCGAAACAGCCCACAAUGAUCCUUUAACAAUAGCGAAGAUGCACUUCUUCAUGACAGUGGCCAGGACCUUUGAUCCAUUCAUGAGGAAGUACCAAACAAAUGAACCUGUGAUGCCUUCCUUUGGCAAAGACUUGGCUGAGUUGUUUAAGAGUCUACUGAGGCGCUUUGUUAAAAGAGAGGUCCUGCAGGACAUCACUGCCCUUCAGCUUACCACACUGGACCUGUCUGACAAGAACUUGCUACUCCUCCCACAGAUGGCUGACAUCGGCUUGGGUGCUGAGGCAGCUCUCAAGAACAGUAAAAGUGCUGAGCUAAGGGUCCUUGAGUUUAGGAGGGAUUGCAUGCAGGGACUCUCAAACAUCGUGAGGAAAGUUCAGGAGAAGAGCCCCUUGAAAUAUUCCACAGUUAGGCAGAUGGAGUGUCUGGACCUGUCUCUCAUGUUCUGGACCCAUCUCUCAAAUGAAAUGUCUCAUACAGACAUUUCUGAAGGACAAGCAGCUGACAGGAGGUGUAUCUGCUGGUAGGAAUAGAUCUGGAAAAGGGGUUAUGAACCAAAGUUUGAGUACCAUGCUCAACUAUACUCUGAAUUUUUAUAAGACUGUGUCUCGAGCAUUCUCUCUAUGUUGCAGACAUUUUGUUCCCCAUUUGACCCUUUUCUCUUUUCCUAUCAGGUAUUGGUGUAGCAUGGACAUCUUCCUUUUGUUAUUCCCUCUUCUAAUGGUCCUGCUCCUGUUCUGUGUGCAGUGGCUCAUAUGUAUUGAAUAAGUCCCAUCAUUUUACACAGGCUUUUUUUGUUAUUGAAGACAUUACAUAGGUUAAGAGUUGGUUCGAGUCUUAAGUGAUGUGAUUUAUCUAUAUGCAUAUUUGACUUCUCUUUUAUCAUUCACUUUGUUUUAGGGGAUACGAUUGUCCAACAGUUUGAGACUUUCCUGUCUGUUGAGGCAAGGAACGAAGAACUUCUCACCUUCCAGCCGUUUGAGAACCGACUAGACACCUUCCUGCACGAGAGGUUAAGCCGUCCCUAUCCUGCUGCUUGGGAUUUUUGCCAGAGGUUGCUCCUUUUUUCACAUGGGCAGGCCUCCAUUGAAAGGGGAUUUUCAUUUAACAAGGAUGUGGAGAUUGAAAAUAUGCAUGAGGAGACUGUCACAAAUAGGCUGAUCUGCGACUAUGUAGAGAUGCAUGGGGGUGUGACAAAGGCUCACCAGAGAGCUCCUAACAUGUAUGGGUGCAGCCCGGUCCAGGUACCACAUAGAUAGAUGCUCUAAUUAUCUUGAGGUAAGUAUCUAUCUAUCUAACAUGGAUUAUCUGGUAUGUGUGUGUGUGUGUGUGUGUGUGUACUACAUGGGUUGUUACAUGAGUUGGAGUAGCCUGUUCAAUCUCUGUUAGGCAAUUAAUAUGCUGUUUUGUAAUGAAAAUAAAUAUGAGAUUAAAUCUAUUCUAUUUGAGGGCAACUUUGUUUUAGCCUAUUUUCAUUUUGGGGCUAAGGUUUUGGGCAUUUGGCACAGUGUUGUGUGUGGAAGGUUACUAAUGUGAUUGGUUUAUCUGUAAAUUAAAUUAAUGCUUUUUCAAUGACUGAAUUCAUUGAAAUAAAAUUAUUUUUUCAGAAUUUCUUUGAUUUGUCUUUUUUUUUUUUUUUUUUU